AAAUGAGACAACAACAACCCUAUUUCAUAAGACCUCCUAAUCUAUCUUCCCGUCAUUCUACAAAUAAGAUAAGCUUUCUCAAUAAGGAAGAUACCCCUUCAAACAGUUAAGGAGUUAGAAGAAAAACACCCAUUAUUGCUUAACCAUUAAAUUCCCCAACUUUAUUUAAAGACUUGUAUUUCUAUUAUACUUAUAAAGACAUCGUAUCUAUCCAGCUAAACGUAUUCCAACACUUAAUUCACCAUUGCAUGAUGGAUCAAUAUCAAAAUAUAAAAUUAUAAACGAUUUAUCGGUUUAUAAAUUACCAACAACCAGAAGAAUCAAAUCUGAUGAUUAAACUUCAAAAAUUAUUCCUACCAAAAAACUUUAGAGUUAACACAUCAAUAAUAUUAAACUAAGAACUGAUAGAAGAAAAAAUUUCACUCCUUUAAUUAAAAUGAAAACAGAACCUAAUGAAAUUCCUACGCAUUCAAUUUCUAAAUAAGAUGAAUCUCAAGAUAUCUUAUUUCGUCUUCAUAAAUAAUCAAUCCCAGCUGAACCUAAAGAUAAAUUUUCUUCUAUAUUAGGAGAUAAAAUUGUUUCUAGUAUCAAAAAAAUUGAAAAGAAAACAGAAAAUUUUAUAGAAUUAGAAUAAGAUAGCUAAUUCUUUUUGGAAACCAAAGAAAAUAAGAAAAAUAAAGAAACUACUAUUCUGAAUCAAUAAACUAAAGAAAGAAUUUUAGAUUUAUUAUGUUUGUCUACAUAAGAUUUAAAAAAAAAAUUUGCUGAACAAAGUAGAGUAGGCAAUUCCAAAAUUAAUGCAAGAUAACCUAACAAAUUAGUCAUUCCUAAAACAGGCAAAUCUAAAUUUCCUUUAGAUUUUUUUAAUGCUCUCUUACCUAAUUCAAUUCUUAACUGA